AUGUUCCAUUAUUCUUUUAUCCUGAGCGUUCUCAUAAUUGGAACACAUUCUUUGUUUUUAACUAACGACAGACCUCAUCAUGCAUCCUGCAAAGUUGACUGGUUCUUUGGAUUAGAGUGUAGUGACGUACAAAUAAGGCUGAAAUCUCAGAUACAACAAUGGUCCGCUUCUGAGAACUGCCAUAAUGAUAAAUGCAAUUAUCAGAUUCUACAAGAAGAUGCCAAUAUUCUGCGAGCGAAACAUCGAGCGACAUCCUUUCGUUAUGUAAACGAUCUAACAUUUACGUUUCUGAAUGACACCAAUGGCUGCAAAGUUCACGGUUUUUCUUCAGCUGAGGAUCCAUUAGCUUAUUUUGAUGGGAGUACCAACUACUGCGGAAUGCACACUCUUAUUACGGGUUCGUCCCUGAAUCAGAGCAAAGAAUAUGAUGAAUCAACCUCUGACAAAAUAUGCACACAGUAUUCCGAGGCAAAUUGUUCCUGAAGGAGUUAAUGU